UCCCUCACCAGACCACCACGGAAAAUGGCGACUGAGAAAUAGAUGGAAGACGAAAGUAAGAAAUUAUUCAAUGCAGCGUACAAACUGCGCCCCGUCACCAUCCGCGCCGCUCGGGGGUAAAGUCGGUUGGUUUAUCGUCGUUUCACCGACAUCCGCGUCGCGAGCAGCGAGUAAUGGCUGUCACCGGCGGUAGUUUAGCCUGAGGAAUAGGCUUGGGUCUGGAACAGAAUGGUCUGCAGCUCCUGCAAGCAGCAUCCAACGAGCCAGCGUGAUACAAACGCCGAGGAAAUGCAACGAGAUCCGCGCGGGACCAAGUGCGAAUAACCCCCGAUCUGCUGUGAAAGUCAUGGCAGCAGAAAUGUCAUGUCUGACAGGUGUUGAUGACGAUGACAAAGAUGCCGAACCUGAGAUUAAUGCCCUCUCACUACUGCAAGAGCCUGUAAGAAUGGCUCAAGAGUCAGCCUCUUCCUCUGAUUCCUUUGGCAAGCUUUCUCGAAAACAAAACAGUGUCCUAGAUGUUCUGUCAAACACAGACAUGUUGUCGCCAGUUGGCCUGGGAAAUGGACCUUCUUCGCAUCAGGCUACAGAAGCAAAUGAACUCAAUAGCAUUUCCACAGAGAAAGAGGAAGAAAAGAGCAUCACCCCAUUAAAAACUGUCCAGGAAAUUGACUCUGCAGGAAUUUGGGGUUUUGACUCCGACUCACCUGAGAACUCGUUGGAUAGUUUUAGCGGUGCCAGUGAUCUUCAUUGGGAUCCUCACAAAGAGUUUAUGCAGUUUCUGUGGGAAAACAAUGGUGAUUCUUCGGAUGACGAGUCGAAAGCUGAAGUCCUUCCAACUAACAGCCAAAAGAGAAGGAAGCGGAAAAUGGACAUGGUUGUCAUGGUGGAUCCCUCGGAAAAACUUUACCCUGAUCGGAGCCAAACGUCAUCCGAGGGAAGGAAGCUCUCCAAAUCACAGUCGAAUAUUUCGCAAAAGCCUUUUAUAUGCCGUGAAUGUGGACUGUCAUUCAGAAAAAGUGGUUCUCUUAUUGAGCACAUGUCCAUCCACCAGGGUAAGAGAGCAAACCUCACUGAAGAGAUCAGAGGCACGAAUUAUAAGAAGAAGGAGGAUAGAAAUGUUGAAAUGAAAAAGCUUUUCUGCCCUCAGUGCCCAUUUGUAGCAUACUACCCAAACACGUUUGUUCAACAUGCGAAAACACAUGAGAAAGAAAAGAGAAAGUUUCGAUGUGACAAAUGUAGCUUCAGGACUUUCAAUGAGAAUGAUCUUAGGAGACAUCAUGUUAUGCAGCACACUGUUAUAACGGUUAGAAAACAGAUCCAGAAUCAUGACCCUGAAUCAUUUUCCUGUAACAUUUGUUCUUACAGAGCCUUUAGCAAAAAUAUUUUUAAGAAUCACCUUCUGCGGCGCCAUCAACAGACCUUUGAGGAAUACAAAGCUACACAGCCCAUUCAGACAAGUGCAGAGGAAUACGAAGCUCCACAGCCUUGUGAAGCAUAUUCACCGAUCCAGAAUCAUGACUCUGACACAUACUCCUGUAACAUUUGUUCUUACAAGGCUUUUAGCAAAAAUGUAAUGAAGAAUCACCUUCUGCGGCGCCAUCAACAAACCUUUGAGGAAUACGAAGCUAUUCAGACAAGUGCGGAGGAAUACGAAGCUCCACAGCCUUGUGAGAAAUAUUCACUGAUCCAGAAUCAUGGCUCUGAAACAUACUCCUGUGACAUUUGUUCUUACAAGGCUUUUAGCAAAAAUGUAAUGAAGAAUCACCUUCUGCGACGUCAUCAACAAAUAUUUGAGGAAUAUGAAGCUAUACAGCCGAGUCAAAAAAAGGGGCAACCAUCGAAGGAACAUUAUGUGCCCACUCGUAAAAGUCCUGUACAAGAUGCAGAAUUCAUGUCUCAAAUCUCAAUAAAAAAUCGUAUCUCUUCUAGAAGAGCCUGUUCACCAAGUGAAUCCAAUGACAUUUCAGACCUAUUUAAAAAUAGCAAGAUAAAGAGAGGUCUCAAGUCUCAACCGAUGGAGUCAAAGCUUGACAAAUCCAUUAACGUUCUCCUGUCCAGACAACAACGUGGAAAGAAGUCUGCUGAGCAAAAUGAGGAAACCAAUAAUUGCAGCAACGAUGACUCUGAUCAGUUUCCAGAAACAUUCACUGUCAAGGUUGAAGAUUCAUCUUUAUCCCCAAAUGGACAUGGUUUGCCAUCAGGUGCAGCUGAAAAGGACUUCCAAAGCAUGCAUGAACCCAACUUGAAUGUGAAUCAUUCAACUGUGAGAAGGUCACCAUCAAAGCGGAAGAUGUCCAUCCCAUUUCGCAACACCGCUGAUCAAGACUCAUGCUUUAUCUUACCAAAACCAUUGCAGAGUCCCAAAAAUAUAAACCAAGAAGAAGAAGAAGAAGAAGAAGAAUAUGACGACUUCGACAUUCUCCAGUUUGAUGACAACGACAUGAACUCUUUUGACAACGUUGUCAAGGAAGAAAAACAAAACAUAAUUUACACCUAUAGCAGAAGAAUGUCCAUGAGGGGUGCUCUGCAGGCAUCUAAGAGGUUGUUUGAGAAAAUAAAGACUGAGGACCCUCAGUCUUUAACGGACCCUGAAAUCAAAGAAGAAUGCAUAGAAACGGAAGUAUGUGAAGAAACCUUUGAAUCCCACCAAAUACCACUGAGUGAAUCCUACUCCGAAGAUUUAUCAGGGUCGGAAUCGGACCAAAAGAACUGUCCAUACUGUCCCGCUGUCUUUGAGUCAGGUGUUGGAUUAUCCAAUCAUGUCAGAGGACAUCUGCAUAGGGUUGGAUUGACCUACAAUGCACGCCAUGUAGUGCCUCCUGAGCAGGUGGCUUCUCAAGAUAGGAGGCCACGAAUUCGACGGAAGAUCACUGCAUUCCGGAGAUUGAAAAAGGCAUUACAGAUGGAGUCGGAUUCUGGGACUGUGAGGAGUAUUCACUCCUGUCCAUUAUGUGGAGACUCCUUUGAUAACAGGACUGGCCAGUCCAACCACAUAAGAGGCCACCUCAAAAAGCUCGGUAGAAGCUUUUCGUCAAAGACCAAAUCCCCGUUAGUUUUACUCCGGGAGUUGAUGCGUGACAAGAAGGAAUUCCAGCGGGCAAUUCAAAUUUUGGGAAAGAGACGGAUCCAUUACCAAUAUGGUGCUUCACCAAAGCUUUCCAGUGAUGAUCGUUUCAUGCCACCCCCCAUUGGAUUCCCAAAAAGUAAUUCUAUUCCAAGAGUUAGCAAUGAUGCCAAACCGCUGAUGUCCACGUUUUCUUUAGCGGAAAUGGAGUCUGAAGAAAGUUCUCUAGAGUCCAAGUGGGAUGUUAAGAAUUCACUCCAAGGCACAACUGCCUUAAUAGGAAUCCUGAAGAAGAGAAAGUGUCAGGAAGACGGCAGACUAAGGGGAUCCAAUCAGAUGUCAAAAAACACAACGCUUUCUUCAAACAGUGGUCACGCUUCAGAUUCACUGCCAAACUCGAUAUGCGAGAAAGGUGAAUUCAACAGGAAGGUGUGUGAGCAUUGCAAUGCAACUUUCCACAGUGGAGUCAGCUUGUCCAAUCACCUGCGGGCUUAUGCAAAACGAAAGAGGAAUGCCUUACUUGAGGGAAGCGCAUUUGACUGUAAAGUGAGGAGGCAGCGCUCGAGGCCUGGCUCCAAGAAGAAGAUUCUGCCCUUACACACACAAACUCCAGAGGAAAUGUACAGACUCACCUGCAGGUUCUGCGACCUCGUCUUCCAGGGUCCCUUGUCGGUCCAGGAGGACUGGAUUAAACAUUUACAGAGACACAUUAUGAACACUAGUGUCCCCCACACUGGGCUGAGUAUGGUCGAGAUCCCCUCGCUGCCCAAGGACCCCCAAGCCCUCAAGAUUGACCACGACCGCUCUCUGACAGCCACACAUGCUGCCUCAUGAAGCCACUGGGGAUCUUUUUAGAUUUCACUAGACUGUAUGUGUAUGUGCAUUGGAUGUUCCGUCACUUUUUUUUAAGUCAAUGAAAUACUGGCCAAAAGUACAAUACUGCUCAAUGCUGGAGGUGCUGUACAUGUCUGGACAUUUGGACCGAUGAAAAUUAAUUAUUUUGGAUAUUGUUACCUUUUUCUGUUUUUACCCAGUCCAUUGUUGGAAAACAAUUCCAAAUGGAUGGACUGUUUUCUUCUUUAUGCAGUAAUGUUGUGUGGAAUCCAUUUCUAAUGAAAACAACUUUUACCUCAGAUUUCUCAUGGUUUGAGUCUGUUUUUGUCAAAGUUUGAGAGCACACCUCUCCUCUAUAUCAAUAUUCACAUUCGUAAGAUGCAUAUAAUCAUGUUUCUUUUGUACAACAAAAUUAUGAAAUCCAAGCCCUCACUGUUUUCAGGUCAUAGUUACUGAGAUGAAAAUUCUCUCUAAAGACAGUUCCAAGAAUCACAAGUGGAAGAAGAGCUCUGCUUCUCAAGAACAAAAGAAAAAUGUCUGCAAACUUGUUAUGCAUAGAAAGUGUUUCAUAGAGUUUCAGUAACUACAUUGUUUCUAAUACAAAGAUGAAAUUAAAAGUGGUGAAGAAAAAGACCUUUCAUGCACAGCCCGUGCUGGCAAUGCCCUUCAUACAUGUCACCUAUAUUUAAUGUUUAAAUAUACUGUUUUGAAAUAAUUUAAUUUUAAAUGUACUAUAUCACACAAAUACAAUGCUUAAAAACAUGUGUUCUAAAUAAAUGCAAAGAAACAAG